GCAGAGCUCUCCGGGAUCUCACUGGCAGAGCUCCCUGGAUCUCACUGCCGGAGCUCUCUGGGAUCUCCCUGACAGAGCUCCCUGGAUCUCACUGCUGGAGCUCCCUGCCAGGUAGGACUGAGCGCGCCGUACAAAAGGCUUGGCCCUGCAAGUGGAGGAUGGUGGAGCUGGGAAGGAUGGGGUGAUGCCAGGGAAGUUCCAGCUGCUGUGACUGGCAGAGCUUUUCCCUUUGAACCUUUUCAGAGCCUUGUGUUACCCAGCUGGAUCAAUGAAGUGUUGCUGCUGUUGGGAUGUUCACCUCCUGCAUUUUAAUUGUAUGGUGAAUAGAGAAGAGGCUGCAGAGGAGAAACACACUCCUGGAAAGCUCCCUGCCAUCACAUUCGUGCAUGCUUGGGUUUUAUAGAUUCCUUGCUCCAAAAAGCUGAAAGAAAUGCUCAAAUUUGAUGUGGUUUCUUGCCCUUCUGUAACAUUGCUUGAUGGUUUUUCCAUGGGAUUUUUAAUGCACAGUUUCGGUACAAGUGGGGAUAUGUGUGGGGAUUACAUAACCCUGGGGAAGUCAGCGGGAGACUGGCUCCAUUUCUGGGCAGGGAUGAAAAUCAGGAGUUCUGGAAUUGUUUUGUGUAAGGUGUUUGCAUAGGUGCCUGUGAGUACCGUGGGUGUUUUUAUUCCUGGGAAGAGGCGCUUCCUCGGAGCUGUGAGCUGGAAGGGGAGGAGAGGUCAGUGGUGCUUGGGGUAAAAUGGUUGCUAGUUGCUGAAAUGAGCUUAGGUGAAAAGCACCAUUCGAGGGAAAAUGAAUCCAUUUUGGGAGAAAAUGGAAUAAUGUUCUCUCUGUCUUCCUGCAAUCUCAGUGGAGCAGAGAAAGCUGUACGAAUUCCUGCUGGAAGGGCUGGUUUUGGUGUGUUUCCAGGUCUGUAACAGCACACAGAAAUCUCGCAGAAUCACAGUUCUGUAGUAUGAUUGGAACAAGCAGAGAAAUGUGAUAGAAGGAGGAGAUUUCUGCAAGGAAUUCCUGCUGACUGUCAUUUCACUCAGCAUUUGGCAGUGUCACUGAUUACUCCAGCAGCUCCAGACUGGAUUUUUUUUCCUUAAUCGCUUUACAGAGAAGUCACAAAUUCCCCUUUCCUCCGAGUGCGGCCAUGGCUGUCUAAUUAACAGAGAUCCUCCUCUUUUUAGGGAGAUUUUUCAUUUCCAGAAAAAUUCUGUGUGGUUUCCAGCCGGCAUUCCUUCUCCCACUGGGUCUGUAAUAGCUCCCGAAAUUCCCCAGCUUGUAAUCACUGCUGCAGCCAGAUGGGGACUAGGUGGAGCACCCAUUGCAUCUGUGCCUGCAUUUAUGAAUCUGCCAGAAGUAUCUCACUUAGGUGAGAUUUUAGAUAUAUAUAUUUCAUGAGUUAAUGAGCCCUGAACAGCGACGAGGAGAAUCCAGCGCUGGUACUGGCAGGGCUGCCAUCCUUCUCCCAGAUCCUGGCGUGAUGCUGAUGGAGCAGGGAGAGCUCUGAGGAGUCAUUCAGCCUGACACGAGCAAAGCAGAAGCUGCAGUUCCACUUUACCCGCUGAUGGUGCUUUAAGAGGUUCUUCUUGAUUUAACAGGGUCUCCUUGCUCCUGCUUUUCUGCUUCAUUGCUCUCCUCGUCUUUUCUCCCUGUGGAAGGAGCUGUGAAAACUGUGUGAGGGUGGGACAGCUGCCUCUGGAGCCCGGGAGAUCCCGAGGGAUCGCAGCUGCCAGGCGGUGCUUCCAGGGUGGGGUGGCCCUGGCGGGGUCCCCGGGCACGGCCCUGCCUUCCACGCUGCUUUCCUUGACUGGCUGUGUUGCAGAAUCCCCCGAGGUCCUGUCCAGCAGCCCCUGGAGGAUCGGAUCUUCACUCCGACCGUCUCGGCUGUGUACAGCACUUUUAUCUCCACACAGGUAACACAAGUAGCAAGACAACCGGGUCCUCCUGCCCCAUCCCCUUACACUGCACAUGAAAUAAAUAAGGGACACCCAAAUCUUGCUGCAACGCCACCGGGACAUGCAUCGUCCCCUGGGCUCUCACAGGCUCCUUAUCCCUCAGGACAGAAUGCAGCUCCCACCACGCUGGUGUACCCUCAAGCCCCUCAAACAAUGAACACGCAGCCUCAGACCCGCUCGCCGCCCAGCAGAACAGUGCCAAUACAUUGCACAGAAAACUGGAAGAGGAGGAAGGUUUUGGAACAGAGUCCGGUUUACAGGUCCCUGGCUGGAAGAGGCUGGAUAAAAUACUGCAUUUUUGCAGCGGGGCCUCGACCUGCCCAUCACCAGGGAGGAUUCAGACCUAUACAGUUUUUUCAGAGGCCUCAGAUCCAGCCUCCAAGAGCCACCAUCCAGAACAGCAGCCCCUCCAUCCGUCCCGGAGCGCAGACCCCGACUGCCGUGUACCAAACCAACCAGCACAUCAUGAUGGUGAACCACCUGCCGAUGCCCUACCCGAUGCCUCAGGGCCCCCAGUACUGUAUCCCACAGUAUCGUCACAGUGGCCCCCCGUACGUCGGGCCACCGCAGCAAUAUCCCGUGCAGCCCCCGGGACCAGGACCCUUCUACCCAGGCCCAGGUCCUGGAGAAUUCCCCAAUGCCUACGGAACACCCUUCUACCCCAGCCAGCCCGUGUACCAGUCUGCACCCAUCAUUGUGCCUACGCAGCAGCAGCAGCCGCCGCCUGCCAAGAGAGAGAAGAAAACGAUCCGAAUCCGGGAUCCAAACCAGGGAGGCAAAGACAUAACAGAAGAAAUCAUGUCUGGAGGGGGCAGCAGGAACCCCACGCCCCCCAUCGUCAGACCCACCUCCACCCCGACUCCACCUCAGCAGGUGCCCAGCCAGGUCCCCGAGCCCGUUCCCACGGCGUUGGGAGCCCUGGAGAGCUCCCACCCCUCCGGCAGCACUCCCGGCACCGCGGCCCCCGCCUCCAAACAAGAAGAGAAGCCAAAACCAGAUCCAGUAUUAAAACCACCUUCUCCAGUCCUCAGACCAGAACCUGCUGGGGAGAAGAAAGAUCAAGCUGGGCAGACGACCGAGGCGCCCACCUCAGUGGAAGCCGCAGCAGAAAUUCCUCGUGCUCCGUCGCCGGCCCCGGCCGCUCCGGUCGCCGCUGUCCCCGCGGCUGCCGCUGCUGUCCCCGCGUCCAGCAGAGCCCCGGCCGCGGCUGACCCGGAGGACAAAUGUGAACUGGCCUUCCCCAGAGAGGAGGCGAUGCCUGCCCCCAGUGCCACGGCCUGCCCGGAGCCAGCGGCCCCUGCUCCCGCGGACGAGCCCGGUGCCGAGGCGUGCUCGGAGCCCAGCAGUGCAGUAGCAUCCCCCGGUGACGCCCCGGUGGCGGUGCCGGCCGGGCCCGCCGUCACCGGCGACACGGGCAGCGUGGGGGCCGCGGCCGAACCCGGGGCUGAGGCGGCCCAGGCGGAAGCUGCGGCGUUGACUGUGGAGGUGGAGCCCACCGAGGCCCCCUCAGCAGAGGUGGAGAGCGCUCCAUCGCCUCCCAGUGCUCCUCUCGCUGCUCCCUCUCCUCCUCCCACCCCGCCGCCCACCCCGCCGCCCCCGUCCCCUCCGCUUCCCGUCGCUGCUGUCACCACUACAGCUCCUUCUCCACCUCCUCUCCCGUCUCCGAGUGCCCUCCCUGUUGUCCAGGGAGAUUUAGAAGGAGAGGAGAGCACAAGAACUACUCUUAGUGAAGAGGUAAAGGAUACUGAAAAGAAGGAAGAGACAGAAGCAGAUGGGCAACUGGAGGAGAGCCAGGAGGCUCUGAGUGUGAACUCAAGCAAGAGUCCUGUCCCAGCCCAAACCGCUGUAACUGCACCAAAGACCUGGAAGAAACCAAAAGACCGGACCCAAGCCACUGAGGAGGUGACAGAGGCAGAAACAGAGCCGAAGGAGGAGGAGGAACCUUCAGGGGACAAAGUACUUGAAUCCGACCAGGACAAAAUGAGCCAUGGGCUUCAGCCAGAGAGGGAACCCUCAGAGCUCAAAGCAGUGAAAGCCGUGGAGGAGAACGGGGAGCAGGAGGCAGAGCCGGUGCGGAACGGCGCCGAGAGCGUCUCGGAGGGCGAGGGCACCGACGGCACCUCCGGCUGCACGGAGAGCUCUGGGGAGGGGCCCGUGUACCAGUACAAACCAGAGCAGUGGAAGCCCCUGGACCCAGAGGGGAAGAAGCAAUACGACCGGGAAUUCCUGCUGGAUAUCCAGUUCAUGCCUGCCUGUAUCCAGAAGCCCGAGGGGCUGCCUCCCAUCAGCGACGUGGUGCUCGACAAGGUGAGAGGAGAGCCCAUUAAACAGAUCAAUCAGCCCAAACCGCCGCUGAGGACUCUGGACCCCCGGAUCCUGCCACGAGGCCCCGACUUCACGCCAGCCUUUGCUGAUUUUGGGAGGCAAGCCCCCGGGGGAAGAAACGUGUCUGGAAGUGCCUGCAAAGUGCAGAGCACCCCUGGAUUGCCCUCCCUGGCUCGGUGCGGGCCCCCAUCAUGCCCUCUCUUGGUCUCGCCUCACCCACCAUUGAGGAACCUGCCGAUAGGGUUGUUGAAUGUUGGACCGAGGAGAUCUCAGCCGGGCCAGAGGAGGGAGCCCAGGAAGAUCAUCACUGUGUGUGUGAAGGAGGAUGUGCACCUGAAGAAGGCAGAGAACGCCUGGAAGCCGAGCCUGAAGAGGGAAAACCAAACCGAGGACCCGGAAAAUGUCAAAACCCAGGAGCUGUUCCGCAAGGUACGAAGCAUCUUGAACAAGCUGACGCCCCAGAUGUUCAACCAGCUGAUGAAGCAGGUGACAGACCUGACGGUGGACACGGAGGAGAGGCUGAAGGGAGUCAUCGACCUGGUCUUCGAGAAGGCCAUCGACGAGCCCAGCUUCUCCGUGGCCUACGCCAACAUGUGCCGCUGCCUGGUGACGCUGAAAGUGCCCAUGGCAGACAAACCUGGGAGCACAGUAAAUUUCCGUAAGUUGCUGUUAAAUCGCUGCCAGAAGGAAUUUGAAAAGGACAAGGCUGACGAUGAUGUCUUUGAAAAGAAGCAGAAAGAACUCGAAGCUGCCACCACUCCAGAGGAGAAGACACGGCUCCACGACGAGCUGGAAGAGGCCAAGGACAAAGCCCGGCGGAGAUCCAUCGGGAACAUCAAAUUCAUCGGCGAGCUUUUCAAGCUGAAGAUGCUGACAGAGGCCAUCAUGCACGACUGCGUGGUGAAGCUGCUGAAAAACCACGACGAGGAGUCCCUCGAGUGCCUUUGCCGCCUGCUCACGACCAUUGGCAAGGACCUGGACUUUGAGAAGGCAAAGCCCCGCAUGGACCAGUAUUUUAAUCAGAUGGAGAAGAUUGUGAAAGAGAGGAAAACCUCCUCAAGGAUUCGGUUCAUGCUUCAGGAUGUAAUAGACCUAAGGCUGUGCAACUGGGUGUCACGGAGAGCAGACCAGGGCCCCAAGACCAUCGAGCAGAUCCAUAAAGAAGCCAAGAUUGAAGAGCAGGAAGAACAGAGGAAGGUGCAACAACUCAUGACCAAAGACAAGAGGAGACCGGGUGUCCCACGGGUCGACGAGGGCGGCUGGAACACUGUGCAGGGGGCAAAGAACAGCAGAGUGCUGGACCCCACCAAGUUCCUUAAAAUCACCAAGCCCACAAUAGAUGAGAAGAUUCAGCUCGUGCCUAAAGCCCAGUUGGGCAGCUGGGGGAAGGGCAGCAGUGGUGGAGCCAAGGCAAGCGAGAUGGACUCCUUGCGACCAAGUGCCACAAGUCUGAACAGAUUUUCUGCCCUGCAGCCUCCAGUGUCCCCAGUAUCUGCCUCAUCUGCAUCUUCAGAACUAGAAUCUCGCAGGGCCUUAACGAGUCGUGGGAGCACGGGCAGGGAGAAGAACGACAAACCUCUGCCACCUUCCCUGUCACGGCCCAACACCUUCCUCCGGGGCAGCAGCAGCAAGGAGCUGCUGCUGGACAACCAGGCCCAGGAGGAGCAGCGCAGGGAGAUGCUGGAGACGGUGAAGCAGCUGACAGGGGGCAUGGAGAUGGACAGGAACAGCACCGAGGCCGAGAGGAGCAAAGCCAAGGAACCUGCCAAGCCAGAAGUUCCCCCAGCUCCAGUGCAAGAAAAGCCUUCACUAUCAGAAGAGGAAAUAGAAAGAAAAUGCAAAUCUAUCAUUGAUGAGUUCUUGCAUAUUAAUGAUUUUAAGGAGGCCAUGCAGUGCGUGGAGGAGCUGAGUGCCCAGAGCCUGCUGCCCGUGUUCGUGCGCGUGGGCGUGGAGUCCACGCUGGAGCGGAGUCAGAUCACCAGGGAUCACAUGGGCCAGUUGUUACAUCAGCUGGUGCACUCGGGAAAGCUGAGCAAGCAGGAUUUCUUCAAGGGUUUUUCCGAGACCCUGGAGAUGGCGGAUGACAUGGCCAUAGAUAUACCCCAUAUCUGGCUGUACCUGGCUGAGUUGGUGACCCCCAUGUUAAAAGAAGGAGGAAUCUCUAUGAGAGAACUUAUACAAGAAUUUAGCAAACCCUUGCUUCCUGUGGGAAGAGCCGGCGUCUUGCUUGCUGAAAUCUUGCACCUUCUAUGCAAACAAAUGAGCCAUAAGAAAGUGGGAGCCUUAUGGAGGGAGUCUGGCCUCAGUUGGAAGGACUACUUGCCCGAAGGGGAGGAUGUACAUACCUUUCUCAUGGAACAGAAGUUGGAGUUCACGGAGUCUGACUGUUCCAGUUCCUCAGAAGCACUUUCAGAGAAGGAACUGUCUGCGGAAGAGCUGAACAAGCAGCUGGAAAAACUCAUUGUCGAGGACAAGGCGAAUGAUGAACAAAUCUUUGAUUGGGUAGAGGCUAAUCUAGAUGAAAGCCAGAUGAGUUCACCUACAUUCCUUAGAGCUUUAAUGACAGCAGUUUGUAAAGCAGCUAUUAUAGCGGACUCUUCCAGCUUCCGAGUGGACACUGCUGUUAUCAAACAGAGAGUGCCCAUCUUACUCAAGUACCUGGACUCAGACACAGAGAAGGAACUACAAGCACUUUAUGCACUACAAGCAUCAAUAGUAAAACUUGAUCAACCUCCUAAUUUGUUGCGGAUGUUUUUUGAUUGCCUGUACGACGAGGAGGUCAUUUCGGAGGAUGCCUUCUACAAGUGGGAAAGCAGCAAGGACCCAGCGGAGCAGAACGGGAAGGGAGUAGCGCUAAAAUCCGUCACGGCGUUCUUCACGUGGCUACGGGAGGCCGAAGAGGAGUCGGAGGAUAAUUAAAACUUAAAAUACAGAUUUAAAACAAACAAACAAAAAAAGAAACAAUUUAAGUAUUUUUUUAAAAAGUUUCACGUCUUCGCCAAUCACAGUGCAGCAAGGCCAAUUCUCUCUCGCAGACCCCCCUUGCCCCACACACGCACGAGUGGGAGAGGUAAAACCCGAUAAACACCGAGGUGAUCAUGGAGGCAAAAAGGUACUUGAAAACAAACCCACAAAAGUAAACUUCAAACCUGAGGGCGGGAGCACUAAACCAAAAUACAUGUAUUAUUUAUAGAAAAUAUUUUCUGUUUUAAUCUUUUUUCUUUUCUUUUUAAACAAGGACUCAUACUUAGGAAAACACACAGCAAAACAAAUCUGUUUAGCAAAAACAAGUUGAAAACUUUUAAUUUAUUAUUUUAAGGACUGCAAAUGCCAGUGUAAUUUUUAAAUUUGCAGUUUCUGUAAACAAAUUGUAUAAUAGAACAAAAGCAAAGAAAUAAAUUUCCCUCCCCUUCAUACGCACCUCAGUUUUGUUUCAAAGCAUGAUAAAUCAAAACUUUGAAGGGGGUUGGGGUGAGCUAGACGAGGACAAGAUCCAUUUUUUUUUUAUUGUCAUCAGAUUUUUCUGCCUGCCUCUCAGCUUGCUUCAGAAAUUUAAAAAGAAAAUAGUAAUCAAACCAUACAUAACCUUGGAUCGGAAGAAAAACGCAUUUGAGAAAACCGCUGCGGACCAGAGUGCUCCGAAAAUAACUCAUUGAAAACCGUGCUACCCCGGGGAAAAAAGUACUAGUGAUACUUUGAGAACCUUUAGAGCAACUUUAAGGCUUGUAAAUACAUAGAACAAAUAUUUAAAAAAAAAAAAAAAAAAAAAAAAAGGAAAAAUUGAC